GAUAAUUGUUUUAAAAACAUUCAGAGCUCAAUUUUUUUCAUCAGAAAAAAUCUUUUUCGGGUAAUAUUUUCCCCUCAUAUUGGCCCCACAAUUACGUCUGCCACGUUGAGCCCAGAACACCCUCUUCUUCCCCAUCCACCAUCUGCCACGUGUACCUCCCGCCAAACUUCAUCCCCACCGCCACACCUAUGGCCACAGAUAACCAACCCGUUCUCUUUCCUAGUUAAUGAAGGAAGCCAACAGCCUUCUUUCGAGUUCCGCCGCCCUCCUCUCCCUCUCUCUCGCCGAUUCGCCAUUAAAUCGGCGCAUUAAAUCGCCGAUCGCGCUUCUCCAGACAUCAACCCGACGUUAAAAGCUCUACAUGCAUCCGUGCAUUAGCCAGUACCUUAAUCAUGGCCAGCAAACUUGCUUUAAUAUUCGUAUUCAGCCUCUUCUCGCUCUUCUCCUCCGGCACCUCGUCGGCCGUUGCCGACGUCCUCUUAGACAUAAAAAAUUCCUUCUCCGAUGACCCUUUCCACGUCCUCGCAGACUGGUCGCCGGCGACCAAUCCGAACCAUUGCAACUGGACCGGAAUCAUCUGCGGCGGCGGCUCCGGCGAAGUGGUAGGUCUAAACCUCUCCUCCACCGCACUAGCAGGCGAGGUGCCCUCUGCACUCACCAAGCUUACCCAACUCACCAUUCUGGACCUCUCCAGAAACCGCCUCUCCGGUGAAAUACCUGCCGAGCUCUCCGCCCUGCGCCACCUCACUACGCUUCUACUUCAUUCCAAUAAUCUAUCCGGCGAGAUUCCGACGAGUAUUGGACAGAUCGCCGGACUUCGAGUGUUGCGCUUAGGCAACAAUCCCGGCGUCUCAGGUUCGAUUCCGGAGGAAAUAGGGAAUAUUCAAAAUCUAACGGUUUUGGGUUUAGCUUCGUGUAAUUUAACCGGUUUUAUUCCGAACCGGUUGAGCCGGCUCAGCCGGCUCCAGACCUUGGGUUUAUCCAUGAACAAGCUCACCGGACCAAUUCCGCCGGAGAUUGGUAACCUGCAGGAACUCACCGUGCUCGCCCUCGCCGGUAAUCAGCUCACCGGCAGUAUUCCAAAGGAUCUUGGCGAUCUUUCUCAGUUACAAACUUUGAAUCUGGCUAACAACUCACUGAGCGGUUCUGUACCGAGUCGAGUCGGUGAGUUAACUCAGCUACAAUACCUUAAUGUGAUGGGGAACGAACUGGACGGUUCAAUACCGGUAUCACUCGGCGGGUUGAGCAGGCUCCGCGUGCUUGACUUCUCUAUAAACCUGCUCCAUGGCGGGUUCCCGGAGGAGCUUGGUGACUUGCCGGAACUCAACUUUCUGGUUUUGGCGGGAAACCAGCUCUCCGGCGAGCUGCCAGAAAAUCUCUGCCGGAGGAGCCCAACUAGCCUGGAGCAUUUCAUGGUCUCCGACAACAACUUCAGCGGCCGUAUUCCGGCGACGAUAGCGCAAUGCAUGAAGCUCCGACAGCUAGAUCUUGCUAACAAUAGCUUUUCCGGCGAGAUUCCUCCGGAGCUCGGAUUUCUAACGGAGCUCACUGAUCUCAUUCUUAAUAACAACAGCUUCUCCGGUUUCAUUCCCCGCGAAUUCGGAAAUCUCAGCAAGCUGGAAACGCUAACUCUGUUCCAUAAUAAUCUCAUCGGAGGAAUCCCGGAGGAGAUCGGCUUGUUGCAGAGCUUAGAAGUGCUGUACCUUUACGAAAACCAGUUCACCGGCGAAAUUCCGGCUGUGAUCGGCAACUGUUCGAAGUUGCAGAUGGUGGAUUUUUUCGGAAACCAGUUCAGCGGGAGAAUCCCGGGAACUAUAGGUCAGUUGAAGCAGCUUGAUCUGCUUCAUCUCCGGCAGAACGCGCUAUCUGGCCAGAUUCCGGCAACUCUCGGUAAUUGCGAAAAGCUUACAAUUCUUGAUCUCGCCGACAAUAAUCUCACUGGAGGGAUUCCGAUGACGCUGGGUUUUUUGAAAUCUCUGGAGAGACUAUUGCUUUAUAACAAUUCAUUAGAAGGAAUCAUCCCCGACGAGAUAUUCGGAUGCAGGAAUCUCACCCGAGUGAAUCUUUCGAAUAAUCGCUUCAGUGGUAGCAUUCUCCCUCUAUGCGGUUCGAGUUCUCUACUCUCCUUCGAUCUAACAAACAAUUCGUUCAAUCUCGAUAUCCCUCCUCAGUUGGGGAAUUCCGCUCAGCUGCAGAGGAUACGGCUUGGGAGCAAUAGUAUUGCAGGGGAGAUCCCUUCAAUGCUCGGGAGGAUCGAAUCGCUCAUGCUUCUUGAUCUCUCCGGUAAUCUUCUCUCUGGUGAAAUACCGGAAGACCUCUCGUCUUGCAAGAAUCUCGCCCACAUUGAUCUCAACGGCAACCAGUUCACCGGAGAGAUACCGGCUUGGAUCGGAGGGUUGCAGGAUUUAGGCGAGCUGAAGCUAUCCUCCAAUGGCUUUACUGGUUCUCUUCCUAUGGAGCUAUUCAACUGCACGAACCUCUUGAAGCUCCAUCUUGAUGACAAUCAUCUCAAUGGAUCAAUCCCGCAGGAAAUAGGCAACCUCGUCUCCCUCAAUGUACUCGACCUCAGCCGAAACCAGUUCUCCGGUAAAAUCCCGACGUCAAUUGGGAAACUGAGCAAGCUAUAUGAGCUACGGAUGUCAAACAAUUUCUUCACCGGCAACAUUCCGGCGGAGCUCGGAAAGCUCUCAGAAUUGCAGAGCGCGCUAGACCUCAGUUUCAAUAACCUCACCGGCGAAAUCCCCCCUUCGCUCCAAUCUCUCUACAAGUUAGAAGCCCUCGAUCUCUCCCACAAUUUACUCACAGGCAAUGUCCCACACCAGAUAGGAAGAAUGAGCAGUUUAGUAUCCCUAAACCUCUCGUACAACAAUCUUACAGGUAACCUCAACAAUUAUUUCUCCCGGUGGCCACCGGAUUCCUUCGCCGGAAACCUCGCUCUCUGCGGCCAGCCGAUGCAUCAAUGCCGCGAGGAAUAUUCUCCAUCCACCCGCGGCCGGCAGUCAUCACCAACAACAGCAGCCAUCGCCGUCGUCACCGCUUUAGUCACCGUCGCCAUUUUAAUCCUCAUCAUCGCUCUCGCCGUCGCCAUUAAACGUCGCUCUUCGAGAAGAACAGUUGAGGUGAACUGUGCUAACUCGUCCAGUUCAGGACAAGCGCAGCGCCAGUUGAUCCGGAAACGAUCUGGCCGGCGCGAUUAUCAUUGGGAGACGAUCAUGGCGGCAACGAACAAUCUCAGCGACGAGUACAUAGUCGGAUCCGGCGGAUCCGGAUCCGUCUACCGCGCGGAGCUUCCCUCCGGCGAAACCGUGGCUGUGAAACGAAUCUUCACCCAUGAAGAUAAAGAACUCUUCCUCACCGACAAAAGCUUCACAAGAGAGAGAAAAACACUCGGCCGUAUCCGUCACCGACAUCUCGUGAAACUACUCGGGUUCCUUUCCGGAGACGGAGGAAACAUCCUCAUCUACGAGUACAUGGAAAACGGCAGCAUCUGGGACUGGCUUCACCGCCCAAAUAAGAAGAAAAAUAAACUAAGCUUCGAAGCCCGGCUCAAAAUCGCUGAAGGUCUCGCCAAAGGAGUGGAAUAUCUCCACCAUGAUUGCGUCCCGAAGAUCAUCCACAGAGACAUCAAAUCCAGCAAUAUUCUCCUCGACGGCGAUAUGGAAGCUCACCUCGGCGACUUCGGCCUCGCCAAAUCCCUCGUCGCCGAAUCAGCCGGCCGAUCCGAGUCCGCCUCCGUCUUCGCCGGCUCCUAUGGCUACAUCGCUCCAGAAUAUGCUUACACCAUGAAGGCCACAGAGAAGAGCGAUGUUUAUAGCAUGGGGAUAGUUCUAAUGGAGCUCGCAACUGGUAUGAUGCCUACUGAUCAGAGAUUUGGCGGAGAUAUAGAUAUGGUGAGGUGGAUUGAGACAAGGAUGGGAUCGCCGGAGGAGGUGGUGGAUCCUUCGUUGAAGCCUAUGGUGGCCGGCGAGGAAUCUUUGACUAUCGAUUUGCUAGAUAUAGCUCUUCAGUGUGUGAGGAUGGCUCCAGCGGAGCGGCCGACGGCGAGGAAAGUGGCUAAUCUUCUUACACAUGUGGCUUCAAAUAUGCAGAAAUUGAACAACGGGAAGAUUGGAGACUAAUGCUGAAUGAACAAAGAAAAAAAGUUUUUUUUUUUUUUUUUUUUGUGUUCGUUUGAUGGCGAAAUUUGGUAAGUUGAAUCUACCAAAAUUAAAAUUU